AUGGCGACCGUCUCCAUCACGGAAGACUUAGAAUCGUAUCUGGCUUCGCUGCGUUCGUAUCUCGACGCUACGCCUCGGACUCGUCGGAAGGCUGAGUCGACGGGGAGCACGUCUGGUCCGCAGCGGAUGAGUGCGAGUGCUAUUCGAAAACCCGUCUCGGGGGAGGGGACGGGGGAUUUGAAGAAAUCGAAACGCCCUGAUUUCUUGCAGAGGGGGUGA